AUGUAUUCUAUUCGGCCUCUCGGAUACCAGGACACGAAAAAGGAGGUACACGCGUUGUUAACGCAUAGGAAGACGUAUACUGCAGUAGCAGCAGCAGCAGCAGCAGUAGCAGGCACAAUACUAUUAGCUAUGCUAAGCGGUAUAGCUGCGUAA